AUGGUGUCAUCGAAACAAAACAUUCCACUCCAAGGUGACAAGCAGCCAUCCGUAGCUUUUGGAACUUCGCCACUAUCAGAUGCACAAAUUUUGCGAAACUCGUUGGAGGGCUUGAACGAGGACCAUUUCGCGAGCAUCUUGGCCCACGCAGUCGAACUUACAGAGAAGGCUAGCUCAACAUCAGGAUGCAACAAUCAUCACAAAGGUCCCAAAAUCUUCGACCAGGAUAAUCGCACGGCUGGACUUGAUUUUGGUUUCUUGCAGAUAAACCCUGAUGAUGCUAAAUAUCUAUUGGGAAAGGGUGCAUUUACACUACCUCCGCAGAACUGUUUAACAAGUCUCAUCUUCGUCUACUUUGAAUACAUCCACCCAUAUGCUCCUGUACUCAACAGACUGGAGUUCAUGAAGGCAUAUCAAGGCGGCAAUUAUUCCAUUUUUCUCGUGCAAACCAUUUUAGCUGCUGCCUCACUCCAUGCUUCACUACCGAUACUAUCAGCAUGUGGGUUCCAGCAACGAGCAGAGGCUCAAGCCGCCUUUUGCUCUAGGGCUAUUCUGCUGUACGACUUUCAGUAUGAGAAGAACGAAAUGACACUUCUAUAUGGCUCUACUAUUCUCGCCUCGAUCACAUUUUUCCAGCCGGCAAACAAGGACUGGCAAUACUGGCUCUACAAUGCUGUCCGUUUGAUGGCCAAGAUGGGAUUUCAAAAGAGCUUCAAGUGCACACCGCAGGAUAUGGUGGACUAUUUAUUGGAAGAUCUAGAGGGCGAGGACAGCGUCGAUGAUCUCGCUUUGCUUGGUCUCAACCCUUUGAGUCACCAGCAGAAAUCGUACCUCACGGAGCACGCAAAGCUAGCACAAAUAGGUGACUAA